AUGAGGUCACUUCCGGGGCGGGGCAGCACGAGUGGUGCAGUGAGGGGCAAACAAAAGGAGCUGGGGCAGGAGCCGGGCGGGUGCUGCCAGGGAAGCUGUUCCCAUGGCGUGUGGGGAAUGCAGUGUUUCAGCACGUGGUCAAGACCUGGCACGCAAGGACAUCCGCCCUUUCCAACACAGAGAACUGAAGUGCAGAUAGCAGAACCCAGCUGUGAGGUGAACCAUGAUUCCUGUCACUGAACUGCGCUAUUUUGCUGACACUCAGCCAGCAUACCGCAUCCUGAAGCCAUGGUGGGAUGUCUUCACAGACUAUAUUUCCAUAGUCAUGCUGAUGAUUGCAGUGUUUGGAGGGACGCUUCAGGUCACCCAGGACAAAAUGAUCUGCUUGCCCUGUAAAUGGGUUACCAAAGACUCCUGCAAUGACUCCUUCAGAGGUUGGACAGCUGCAGCCCCAGAAUCCACUUAUUAUAAUUCUAGUCUUGUCCAACCUGCAGACACAGGGCCCACAGGAAUAAAAUAUGAUCUGGACCGGCACCAGUAUAACUACGUGGAUGCGGUGUGUUACGAGAACCGCCUUCAUUGGUUUGCCAAGUAUUUUCCUUAUCUGGUGCUGCUACACACUCUCAUCUUCCUGGCCUGUAGCAACUUCUGGUUCAAGUUUCCACGAACGAGCUCUAAGCUGGAGCAUUUUGUGUCUAUUCUGCUGAAGUGCUUUGACUCUCCUUGGACAACAAGGGCUCUGUCUGAGACGGUGGUAGAAGAGAGUGAUACCAAGCCAGCCUUUGGGAAGAUGAAUGGUUCCAUGGACAAAAAAUCUUCUACAGUCAGUGAGGAUGUGGAAGCUACUGUCCCUAUGCUGCAAAGAACAAAGUCUCGAAUUGAGCAAGGAAUUGUGGAUCGGUCUGAUACAGGCGUCUUGGACAAGAAGGAAGGGGAACAAGCCAAAGCACUGUUUGAGAAAGUGAAAAAGUUCCGCACGCACGUGGAAGAGGGAGACAUUGUCUAUCGCCUCUACAUGAGACAAACUAUCAUCAAAGUGAUCAAGUUCAUACUGAUCAUCUGCUACACUGUCUAUUAUGUCAACAACAUCACUUUUGAUGUUGACUGCAAGGUGGACAUUGAGAGCCUGACUGGGUACCGCAUGUAUCGCUGUGCUCAUCCUCUUGCCACUCUCUUCAAAAUCCUAGCCUCUUUCUAUAUCAGCCUGGUGAUCUUCUAUGGUCUGAUUUGCAUGUACACGCUCUGGUGGAUGCUGAGACGAUCCCUCAAGAAAUACUCCUUCGAGUCCAUCCGAGAGGAAAGCAGCUAUAGUGACAUCCCAGAUGUAAAGAAUGACUUUGCUUUCAUGCUGCACCUAAUCGACCAGUAUGACCCACUUUACUCUAAGCGCUUUGCUGUCUUUCUGUCUGAGGUGAGUGAGAACAAAUUGCGGCAGCUGAAUCUCAACAAUGAGUGGACCUUGGAGAAGCUGCGCCAGAGGAUCACUAAGAAUUCCCAGGACAAGUUAGAGCUGCAUCUCUUCAUGCUGAGUGGUAUCCCUGAUACUGUCUUUGACCUUAUUGAGCUGGAGGUUCUGAAGCUGGAGCUCAUCCCUGAUGUUACUAUCCCACCAAGCAUCGCUCAGCUCACUAGCCUUAAGGAGCUGUGGCUCUACCACACAGCUGCCAAAAUUGAGGCUCCGGCCCUUGCCUUCUUGAGAGAGAACUUGAAGUCCUUGCACAUUAAGUUCACGGACAUCAAGGAAAUUCCUCUGUGGAUUUAUAGCCUCAAGACCUUGGAAGAGCUCCACCUGACGGGCAACCUGAGUGCAGAGAACAAUCGGUACAUUGUGAUAGAUGGCCUGAGGGAGUUAAAGCGACUUAAGGUGCUGAGGCUGAAGAGCAACCUCACCAAGUUGCCACAGGUGGUGACAGAUGUUGGUGUGCACCUCCAGAAACUUUCCAUCAACAAUGAGGGCACCAAGCUCAUUGUCCUCAACAGCCUUAAGAAGAUGGUCAAUCUGACAGAGCUGGAACUGAUCCGCUGUGACCUGGAACGUAUUCCCCACUCCAUCUUCAGUCUCCACAAUCUCCAGGAGAUUGACCUGAAAGAUAAUAACCUUAAGACUAUUGAGGAGAUCAUCAGCUUCCAGCAUCUGCACCGUCUCACUUGCCUUAAACUGUGGUAUAACCACAUUGCCUACAUCCCUGUGCAAAUUGGCAACCUCACCAACCUGGAGCGCCUUUACCUGAAUCGCAACAAAAUAGAGAAGAUCCCCAACCAGCUCUUUUAUUGCCGAAAACUGCGAUACUUAGAUCUCAGCCACAAUAACUUAACUUCGAUCCCAGCAGACAUUGGGAUACUGCAGAAUCUGCAGAACCUAGCAGUGACAGCCAACAGGAUUGAGAGUCUCCCACCUGAGCUCUUCCAGUGCAAGAAGCUGCGAACCUUGAACCUGGGGAACAAUGUGUUGCAAUCGCUGCCUUCUCGGGUGGGUGAGCUGACAAAUUUGUCACAGAUAGAGCUGCGAGGCAACCGUCUGGAGUGCCUGCCAGUGGAGCUGGGAGAGUGUCCUCUGCUGAAGCGCAGCGGGCUUGUGGUAGAGGAGGACCUGUUCAACACCCUACCCCUGGAGGUUAAGGAACGGCUGUGGAGGGCAGACAAAGAGCAAGCGUGAGCCUUGGAAAGGAAGGGAGGGGGAGACCUCUGACCAAGACGACAGGAAACAAAAGGCCAUUCCAUUCCAGCCCUUUUCCCAAAAUCCCCCAGCCAAUGUCAUACUAGCCGUGGAGUCCCUGAAUAACUAUCAUGACUCUGAAUGAGGCCGCUUGCUGCCUCGGCUGCAGGAUGGGGGAAGUUCGGGAUCCUGGUGAGGACCAAGGCAGAGCGAGCAGCUCCUCUGUAUUGGACAGUGGGGAAAAGAGGUGCUGCUGUUCUGCAGGACAGGAAGUGGGGGUAAUGCUAGUGCUGCCAUGGAGUUGCUCAGAACUGCUGGUGGAACCAACUUCCAAGUCUAAAGGGGAAUUGCUUUUGAAUGGAGGAGAGAAAUGAACUGAUUGUUGGGGUGCCCUCAAUAGGGCACUGACACGCGUGUCAGAGACUGAGGACAUCCAAGUGCUCUACAAUCAAAGGAUAAUUGUCCAGAAAAUCUCUUGAACCUCCAGUGCUACUUUGCUUUGACACUUGGUACAGUUCCACACUAACUUGCUGAUUCAAUCAGUUGGGGCUUUAUUAGGGGGGAGGGAAGGGGGCAGCUGGCUUUUUUUUUUUUUUUUUUUUUAAUUUAGAUGCUGGCAUUAUUUUUGGUAACUUUACCUCAAAGGUCAACUUGGAUUCAGGAUUUUUUUAUACAUUAUGUUCAUCUUUCACCUAGUUUCCAACUGCUGAUGUGAGGCUGCACUGCCUUUCCAGCUCCCAGGCCUUUGUCCUGACAAGUAGAUCACACUAUCUCCUCUCCUAGAUGGUUUUGCAGGAGGUGCUGCUUGGCUCGGCAGUUCCAAAGUGUUAUCCAGAUUGGGUUGUGUAUACUCUAAGUUCUGGUUAUGUGGCAUAAAUGGGACAGCAAGGAUGCAGUUCAGUUCAAUGCAUAAAAGGCUGGAAAAUGCAUCAAAAGCA